AUCUUUCAUUUCUUCUCACUCCCGCUAGGAAAUGCUAGAUUCCGCCGGCGGCCAUGUCCGCGCAUCGCCAGAUCUUCCAUGGAGGCUCCGCCUUUCGCUUGCCAUUAUCACCACCAUCUCCGACGCCUGUCUCCGCCGUGACGGCACUGUCAACCGCCGUCUCUUGAGCUUCCUGGACCUCAAAAUCUCUCCCUGUGACAAACCAGUGAACGGCGUCACCACCUCCGACACCACAGUCGAUCCCUCUCGGAACCUCUGGUUCCGCCUCUUCCUCCCUGGAGAAGCCGCCUCCGCCGGCGAGAAUCUUCCCGUCAUCGUCUACUUCCACGGCGGGGGGUUCGUGUUCCUCUCCGCCAACUCCAAGCCCAUGGACGACUUCUGCCGCCGCCUCGCUCGCGAACUCCCCGCCGCUAUCGUCUCCGUCGACUACCGCCUCGCGCCGGAGCACCGAUGCCCCUCCCAGUACAACGACGGCUUCGACGUGCUCAAAUUCAUCGACGAGAAUCCUCCACUGCACUCUGAUCUAACCCGCUGCUUCAUAGCCGGUGACAGCGCCGGCGGCAACCUCGUCCACCACGUGGCUGCAAGAGCCAGCGAGUUCAAAUUCCGGAACUUGAAAAUCCUUGGGCUGAUACCGAUACAGCCGUAUUUCGGAGGAGAAGAGAGGACGGAAUCCGAAAUCCAACUCGCCGGAUCUCCGAUCGUGUCGGUGUGGCGUACAGACUGGUGUUGGAAGGCGUUUCUGCCGGAGGGUUCAGACCGAGACCAUCCGGCGGCGAAUGUAUUCGGGCCGAAAUCGGGCGACAUAUCGGGGGUGAAAUUCCCGAAAAGUUUGGUGUUUAUCGGAGGAUUUGAUCCGUUAAAAGAUUGGCAGAAGAGGUAUUGUGAAGGAAUGAAGAACAAUGGAAAAAAAGUGAAGGUGAUUGAGUAUCCAAAUGCUAUUCAUUCCUUUUAUGGGAUUCCUCAAUUGCCUGAAUCACGCUUGUUUAUCAAGGAGGUUAGAAAUUUCAUUUAUUUUGAAUAAUUUUUAUUUUCAA